AUGUCAGCACAAUUUCGGACCGAGAGCAUAUUUGACGAGGCGUCACGGAGCAAUCCGGCGGCUCCCACGUCGGCUUCUCACAGCCACCCAGAGAGCCCCGUCAGUCCCCGCACCGGACCUCCGCCGAACCGCAAGCCGCGAGUCGCUUUGGCCUGUAAGCGCUGUAAGCGGAGGAAGCAGAGGUGCGACGGCGCCCAUCCGAGUUGCAGAUCGUGCCAAAGGGCAGGUUCCGAAUGUGUCUACGAACGGGCCCUGAGACCGCAUUAUCCCGGCGGGAAGUCGCUAUACAUCAGCGCCCUCGAGGAGAGGAUCGCCUUCCUCGAGGCCCGAAUGCCGGACUACGCCGAGGACCACUUCUCAACGUCCUCCGCCGCGAAGACGCCGGCGCCAGAAGCUGGGGCUCCCCGGCGUGAAUCACGAGAAUCGUACUCCGAGGAUGAGCCCUCUUCGCUGGUCGAUGGCGUUGCUUACCUGUCGCUCUGCGCGUCUGGCACGACGGACACCGCUCCGGAGCCGUUCUACCUCGGGUCCAGCUCCGGUGCGACCAUCGCGCGUAUGAUUCAGUCCUCCAUCUUCCACGGAGCCGGGGGCAGGGCUUUGUCCGAGGCCAUGGCGGCGACGCAGCCCGGUGUUCUGAGCCCGCCGCCGCCGCCGCCCAGGAAGACGGCCUCGGUGUCGUCGCACCCGGACGAGAUGAUGUCGGAGUUUCCGUAUUUCGCAGAGGCAAAGAUGCUCUUCGAUGUCUUCUUUGACCGGCUUCAUACCCGUUGGCCUAUCCUGGACCGUAAGCUGUACACGACGCUCUUUGAGCAGCAGUACGACCACGGAUCCCUCUCGAUCCAACAGAGAAGCAUCAUGCACCUGGUGUACGCCAUCUCGGCAAGGUUCUUACAGCUGAUGAAGAAGCCGUGCGACGUAGAUCCACAGCAACAUCUCAUGGCGGCCAUCGAGCCGAUGGACUACAUUCUCGAGCAACACAACCUUGCCACGGUUCAGUUCCUCCUUCUGCUGGCCGUCCACGGCACACGGAGUCCGUACGGCGCUGGGGCCUGGUCCCAGGUACGAUAUGCCGUGACGCUGUGCAUCGAGCUGGGCCUCCAUAGGAAGCCAGCAGUAACAGCAUCGUCGUCCCAUGGCCCCCGUGACCUCGAAAUCAGGAGGCGAGCCUUUUGGUCGUGCUACUGCCUGGAUCGCAUGACCAGCGUCGUUCUCGGACGGACCUUUGCGAUUGCUGAUAGGGACAUCAAUGUCGAGCUUCCCAGCGACAGCGUCGAGUUCUGGGACCUUACGGCUCUCGGGUCCCCGCCCUCGGGUCAGGAUCCGGCGUGGUCGAACAUGGAACCCUUCAUCCACAUCAUCAAGUUGCGCAGGAUCCAGUCGAGAAUCCACCGUUGUGCGUAUCGCGUCGACAAAGAGGUGUCGGCGUGUUCGCCGGCGGAGAGGGAGAGACUUGACGCAAAGAUGUCAGCCAUCCGGGCCGAGCUGGACGGGUGGGCGAGAGCCAUUCCACACCCUCCCAAGGGCGCCGCAACCAUCACGUGGAUGUAUGAUCCCGAGAGCGCGUACCACGACUCGAGAGACUUCUUCAACCUCCAGUAUCACAAAUCAGUGCUGUCGCUGUUCACCGUCCUCCUCCCGACGCUCAAGACGUCAGACACCCGGUUCGUCACCACGGCCCGGUCCGCCGCGUGCGUGUGCACGGCGUACAAGCGGCUGAACCAGCAGAAGACGCUGAGCUACACCAUGACGGCGCUGCACUCGUGCUUCGUGGCGGGGCUGACGCUCGUCUACUGCCUGUGGCGGGACCGGUCCCUCUUCUCGUACGACGCGCUCGAGGCGACGCGGGCGUGCUCCCAGUCCCUCACCAUCUUUGGCGAGAAGUGGCCCGGCGCCGUCAAGUACCGCGACAUCUUUGACGCGCUCUCCGGGAGCCUGUUCAAGACCAUCGUGAGCCCCGUGUCGGAGCCCGGUCCGGGGCCGCAGCCACUGAGGGUCGACUUCGCGGCGGAGCCGGUUGGAUCGCCUACGGUCCCGGCGGGUUCACCGGAAGACAGGGCCCGCAGACGCGGAAGCGGCGCCGAGGAAGCAGUCGGCGACGCCGUCUCUGACGCCGUUAAGGAAGCGUUCAUGGAGGUUGACGAAGAGGCGCCCGGCGGGUGGCAGGGCUGGAGGAUGUUCAACGAGAUGGUCCAAAGUGACCUUGCCCCGGGACAAGUGGCGGGCGUCGGGGGGCCCGGUACAGGACCAUGGGCCGUGGCUGCGCAGGACCCUGGAUUCUCUCCAGACUUCGGCCAGGGGGGUAUCCCCGAAACGAUGGAUUCUGACUGGGACUUUGGCGGGCUGGAAGGGCUGCGUUGA